GGUGAUCACAAAGGGCGGCACCGAAUCCAUUUGACUUAUCAAUUUUUCUUAGUUUGCUUGUCUUCCUUCUCUGCUACAUCUAUAUAUAUGUAUACAUCUCUCUCACAUACACCGAUAAUACCCUACAAUUAUCUCUGGGUUCCACACUUCUUUUCCUUCUUCCCAUCAAUAUCUCUCACUGAUUGAUUCAUUUCCUGCUAGCUAUAGCUAGACAAAGUUUUUGUUUCAAGAAUGGGGAAAAUUCCUUGUUGUGAGAAAAUUAGUGGAUUGAAAAAGGGUCCUUGGACUCCUGAGGAAGAUCAGAAACUGAUCGAUUAUAUUCAAAAACAUGGGCAUGGAAGAUGGAGGACCCUUCCCAAGAAUGCAGGCUUGAAAAGGUGCGGAAAGAGUUGUCGACUUCGUUGGACUAAUUAUUUAAGACCCGACAUUAAACGAGGAAGAUUCUCGUUCGAAGAAGAAGAGACAAUAAUUCAAUUGCACAGUGUUCUUGGAAACAAGUGGUCUGCAAUUGCUGCUCGUUUACCAGGAAGAACUGACAAUGAGAUCAAGAACUAUUGGAAUACCCACAUCAGAAAAAGACUCAUGAAAAUGGGCAUUGAUCCAGUCACUCAUGCACCGCGUAUGGAUCUUCUUGAACUCUCAUCGCUUCUCAGCUCAACACUCUACAACAAUAACAACAACAACAACAAUAAUAAUUCAUCUCAGAUUAAUGUUCCAAAUCUGCUCGGAAUUGGACCUAUUUUGAACCCAAACCUCAUCAAUUUGGCCACAGCCCUUUUAUCGUGCCAGUCCACCAAAACCAGUACUCCUACAGAUCAAUUUCUUUUACAAAAUCUUCAAGAAAACCAACAACUUGGACAAACACAAAUUAAUCAAAACCAGCAGUUCCAACCUUUCCAACCAAAUCUGCUUCAAAACCCAAUUAGGGAUAGCCAAACAUGCACAACAGCAACAACAACAACAACAUCAAGCACUGCUUUUCUAAAUGAAAACCAACUGUCUCAGGAUCAGAACCUCACCAACUUAUCCGAUCAGGGUCUAUUUUCGAUACCAAACACCGGGUAUCAUAAUCUGGAGUCUUACCAUCACCACCCAAUGGAAAACCAAGCUUUUGUUGAUCCCAGUAACUGUUCGAACUCGUUUGCAAAUAUGAGUUUCAGUUCGCUUUUGUCUUGUGCACCUUCAUCGAGUUCUACUCCUUUGAAUUCGUGUUCGGUAACUUAUGUCAAUAGCAGCAAUGAAGAUGAGAGGGACAGUUUCUGCAGCAAUCUGAUGAUGUAUGAUAUCCAUAAUUCCUUAAAUAUUGCCAACGAACUUUUGUAAGAUUGUAGUGCUGUAAAAGCAAAACAAGUGCAUCUAGCAGGCUGUAGCAACAUAUGUUUUUCUUUUUC